GACGUUCACGCGUUCCUGUUGGCGAACAUGCAGAACGGCGGCAUCCUGGAGCUGAUGAUGCGGUAUCUGAAGGUGGUGGGGCAGAAGUUUCUGGAGGAGUGGCCAGCGGGCCUCAGCACAGUGGUGCUGGAUCUGUUCAACUGCUGGAGGAAACACAGCGCUGGGCUGCCCAAUCCACUGCUCAGAGAUUCCAGCAACCAGCACAUAAAGCAGGAGAUCAUUUGGCACACAUACUGCUUGCACCUGCCUGGAAACAAAACUCUAUUCAUCAUGCCACCUGAACCUAGUGUAUUUCUCCCAGUGGGUCUACUGAAAAUCAGACAGAGACCAAUAACUUAUUGAGUGUUUUUAGGAAAAUCGAGGUCACAGACACUCUCUGUUAUGUAAAUGAACCUAUACAAUUAACAUACAA